AUGACACGUUUUCUGAUUUUAACAGUCCUUAUUGGACUAACUCAAGGUGAGUUUUUUUUUAAUAUUUUUUUUGUGUUACUUCAAUUUUUCCAAAAUUUCAAAUCGAUUAGGAGAGAAGUUUGCUUGUGAGCUUUUCACAGAAAUGUAAACCUAACCAAACAAAAAUGUUGCACAAACUUUUUGAAAAAACUGACUGUUCCCCACCCAAAAUAAACAAAAUAAUGUUGAGUUUUCAAUUUCAGCGUUCAGCGUUCAUCUUGGAAAAAAUAGAACACCUCUCAAUAAAAAGGGGCCCUUUCGAAAUCCUAGUGUGAAUAUAAUAGCCUCAUUUUUUUCUCCAUCUUUUCCUUCUAAAGAUGAACAUCUAACUGCAAAUUGUCUGGCUGGCGCCAUUUUGAUUUCACACUUCCUUUCCUAAACUGACUUUGUUCGAUCGUUUGUUCCUCCAUAGAAAAAAACGAAGAAGAAAAAAACUUCUAUCGGCCAAAUAAAAUAGAAUACGGAAAAGGAUAACUAAAUUUCGUAGGAGCAAAAAAAACGAAUAAGGAGAAAAUACACUUGAAAUAUAUUAUGUGAAAGAAAUAGAAAUUUGUUUCUCGAAAAUGCCUAUUUUCUAAAAAGUUGUAAAAAUGCACUUCCCUUGGGAACGCUCAUUUUUUUCGUAGCUCCUUCACUUUGAGAAGAAAACACAAAAUAAAUGGGGCAACGAAGGGCAUAUUGGAUGUAAAUUAAACAUCAGAUGUUUCAUUUUUUUACUGUUUCUUCUUAGUCAAAAAAAUUUGAAGCAAAAAAAGUAACAAAAAAGAACUCUUUGUUUUCUGAUCUUUACUAAUUCCGUCGGUCACUUUUUUUCCAAACAAAAGUCUCACUUUUCUUUUCUUCCCGAAAAAAAAACCAUUACUCAUAUUUCUUUAGCUAAUUAGUCAUUUGAGUUAGCCAAACUCUUUUUUCCUUCGUUUCAUACUUUUACUAUACUUGUAUAGUAAAAAGGGAAUACCGAAGAAGAAAUAAGAAAAAAGAGAUGCUUGAGUAAACCGCCUCCGAUAAGAGAUAUUAGCCAUUGGUAAAUAGUUGUCAUCAUAACAAAAAUUGGCGAUGAGUUAGUAAGUUAGUUGAAAAAAGAAGAGAAAAAGGAAAAGAUAGACAAGUAGUAUCACACAGUUAGUAAAACAAACCAAACUCUACAGCUUUUUUGAGAAAUCUUUCUCCUGUGGCAGGGAAACCACGACCAUUAUUUAGAUAAGACAUCUCUUGUAAUCCCAAUUAUAAAUAUGUUCAAUGUAUAAGGGGUGCCAAAAACAUCGUGUUUUCAUUUGGGCUCUUGCUCAUUUCCGUUUACUAUUGAGCACUAUAACAAAUAAUUCAUUGGCCCCAAAAAAUACACAUACACAUAUAAAUACAAAAAACAUCUAUAGAAAUUGAUUAUGAGUCAGAAAUUGAUUGAGAACACCAAAAACCAGAGUUUUUUUGCAGCAUGGAAUUUGAAAUUGAAUCAAGAUCGUCUUCAAAACCGAAGAGCUGGUGACAAUUUCUAUGUGGCUUGUAAAGUCAUCGAUUAUGAAGGUGGAGCAAGUGAUGUGCAAGUUGAAUGGUAUUACAAUGGAAAACAGAUUUCCCGAUUUGGAAGGUAACAUUUUAUUCGUCAUAUGUAGAAAUAUAUCUCGAUUAUAUUCAAUUAAUCAUCUAAUUCCCUCCCCUUCACCAAAAUAUCUUUUGAAAAAGAACAAGAAAAAGUAUGGCUGAAUGGCAUAUGGUAGUAGUUGACACCAUAAGGCUUCAUCCCUUUCUAUGACAUAAGAGCCAGAAAAAAAAUGAUGAAUGAGUUUUUUCAGCACAAUGACAAUCGAAAAACCAUUCUCCAAUCAAUUAUUGAUCAAUCGACCAAAAACUACCGAUGGUGGAAAAUACACAUGUGUAGCUGAAAUUCAAGGAGAGAAGCAAGAAUUGAUUGCUGACGUUAGCUUUGUUGGUAUGUUGUUUUCCCAGGUUUUAAAAAUGUUCCAAUCUCAAUCAAUCUUUUCGUAAAUGAUCAUAACUCAAAUAUCAAACAAUCAGAACAUUAUCAUUUUAUCCCGAUUACAAAUUGAUGUGAGCUGAACAAAUAGUCCCUUUUGCCCCCAUUUCUAACACACACACACAUAACACACAGGCGGUUAAAAACGAAGAAAAGAGAUUCUGACAGACUUUGUAAAUAUUUGCAGAUCCACCGAAAUUUGUGAACCCCCAAGAAGAGCAACAUCCCGAAGAGGGAACACGUGCUGAAAUUCAUUGUCAAGUUGAAGGCGCUGAACAAUUGGAAGUGUUUUGGCAAUUCAAUGGUGUGACUUUGGACGAAAGUGAGUGGUGUCAAAAAAAGAUCGAGGGAGAAAAAGAACAACUAGGGGUUAAUUGCGUAAUCUUGACAUUAUCGCGCAAUAUUUUGACAAACAUUUGACAGCGAAGGAGUGAAUUUUUGAAUAUUGAAUACAAUAUCUGAUAUUGUUAGCGGUACGGUUCUAUGUUUUUUAUAGAUAAUAAUGAAUAGUACUUGACUUAUUUGAAAAAGGUCGUCUGAUUAGAUUAGCCAAAUUAUUGUUUUUUUUGUGUGGUGUUGCUAAUCAAUCAAAUCAACACAUACAUUUUUGUCUGAAGAGACAAUAAACAAAUAAAAAAAAUCGGCAUUAUUUGAAAGACUGUAAUUGAGAGCCUAAGAUCAUCUAUUAUUUCAUAAUUAAAUACAAUUGACAAACAGGUCAAGCACUUUUUUGUAUCUUAUGUGUCUUCCUAAUUUUUCCGACGCCUCUCCUUUUCCUUAUCCUAUUGUAUAUGUAUAUAUUUUCAAAAAAGAUGAGAUUAAUCCUUUUGUGUUUGGACCAACCACCCGGCAGGAGGAGGAUUACUGUAGGGUCGGGUUUUUCUAACCAUCUGGAAUGAGAAGAGGAUCUUCUUACGAUGUGUUGCGUUCGUCGGUGCGUUAUAUCAAUUAGGAGGAUAUAUAGAUGUUCUAGAAAAAUAAUAUAUAUUUAUUUAUAUAGAUGAAUAUAAUAGAUGGAUAAUUUAGGGGUUGAGUUAAAUACAUGUUUGAUUGGUUUUGGUUUUUUUCCUAUUCCGAUUUGUAAUCUUAUUUUGAUGGGCAAUGCGGGAUAAAAACGAGUUUGGAAAUAAUUGGAUUUUUUGAUAAGAACUAGAGUUCUUCUGAUUUAGAUUCGCGAAUAAAAAGAGGGAAAAAUAAAACCAUUUUCCCAGCAAACUCAGAAAACAUCCGCUUAUGCAAAUUUUAUUUUAUUGCUUCACCACAAAAAACAAGAAUUGAAAUUGAGUUUUUUUUUCAAAAGCAAGGAACAACUGAAAUUUUUCAGCUUCUCAAAGAGGAUAUGAAUUCUCAGAAGACCAUCAAAAAUUGUUUAUUCCAAACUUCAAUGCUAAAAAAGAUGAUGGAAUCUAUAAAUGUAAUGCUGCACAGUUCUCAUCGUAUGAAACACUUACAAUUAAUGUAACCGGAUACGGUAAGUGUGUCGGAAGAAGAUGAAAGAGUAUCAAUUAUUAGUUAUCUAUAAUUAAAAUACAACAAUAUUAUUAAUUUUCAUAUUUCUUUUCCAGCUCGCCCAAUAAUUACCGUUUUUGAUGUGCCAGAAAAUAACCGCGGUUUGGAAGGACAGUCGGUAGAAUUAAAGUGUGGAGCUGUUGCCAAACCAAAACCAUCCUACAAGUGGUAUUUUGAGGUAAACGCGCACCUGUCAUUUCAAUUAAUUAAUUAUUUAUUGAAAUUUGAAACUUUUGCCUUGACAAGUCAAGGAAAAACCGCCAAACAUAUGUUGAAUGUGGUGCAACACCUCUUCUUUUAUUAUUCACCAAAAUAACCUUGACUUUUCUCGACUCGACUCGAUUGAUGCGGUGAAACAAAACUUUUUUAAAGAGGAGAGGGAGCAUUGAGCAUAAUUAUUUAUUCUUUCUUGUGAGGUCCUUCGGGAUCUUUUUUUCGCUUGAACAAAUUUGGAGGACAAUGUAAUGACAAUUAGGUGUCUUUUCUUUUUUGUGUAGUACUAGUGAAGAAGUAUUACUAUGUAGAGUCGUAGUAAAAGUAUGUAUGGUUCGAAUUUCACGCGUCAAUGAAUUCCAAAAAUCUUUUUUGAGUAAGCAUAUUUUUGAAAAACAUGUAUUUUUCAAUAAUAGACAGGGAUCUCAAAAAAAAAACACACGUUAAUCCAGUUUCUUUCUUUCAAAAAAUUCCCUUGAGAGUAUAUGUAUUCUCAUUUCUUGGAAAACCCAAAAUUCAAUUUUCGUAGUUUUUUCCCAACUACUAUUACACACGCAAUUGUUUAUUUACAAAUAAAAUAUUCAUAUAUUUUCAUAAGAAAUGCGUGUGUGUGGUCCUCAUCCUCAACGGGUGGUCCUGGGAUUUGAUGAAUUAAAAAUGAUAAACACAUUAGCGUGAAGGUUAUUCAUCAUCUUCAUCAUCAUUGACGAUUAUUAUCUUCUUGGGAUUAGCAUGAUACAUAAAGGUCAAGGGAUGGGAAUGAAUAAAAUAAACGAUAGACUCGUGUAUUUAUUUAUUUCCAAAUCAUUAAGUUUGAACAAAACUAAAGCAUCUGUCAGUCAAGUCCUAUGACAAAAAAAGAAUAUAAAAAGACAAUAGGUGUUAGUACCCUUGCUCACCUGUCAGCAAGCAAAAAUGACAAAAGAAAAAACAAUGAAUAAGUUAUAUGGUAAUGUGUUUACAGAACAGCGAUGAAGAAUUGAUACAUUCGGAUAAACAUCGAGUUGAAGAGGGACUUUUGAUCAUUGAGUCAUUGAAUUCUGAAGAUAUCGGAUCAUAUAAAUGUAUUGCAAAUAAUUCAGUUGGAAGUGAUGAGAGAACAGUUCAACUUUCUGUAUACUGUAGGUUUUUUCUUUCUCCUUUUCUUUUUUUCUUGAUCCACACAUACAGAGCAACAGUCAGUCAGCAUACGGUAUAAUCUAUUCAAGUAUAUACUUGAGAGUUGCAGGGGGUCAUACAUAAAUACAUUAGAGUUGAAGACUCUUGACUGUUUUUCUAGUCAAGGGCUCUUUUCGGGCCGUUUUCGGUAAUUAGUUGUUGUUUUUACAGUGAAACCAAAAGUUGAUACGCAAAGCGAGUAUGUUAAACAAGAGGGACAAGAUGUGGAAAUUGUUUGUGGAUAUUCUGGAGAAGGUGAAAUUAAUGCAAAAUUCGUUUUUGGAACACAAGAAUUCGCUGUGCAAGAACAUCGACCAAAAUCUGAUGAGAUUGAGGAAGACGAACAAGAAGAAUCAAAGAGUGAAGCGUCGGAAAGCGAAGAAAACGAGGAAAUCAUCGAAACAACGACUGAAGAUGCCGAAAAGAGUGGUGAAACCGAUAGCUCAUUAGAAACUGCUACUGAAAACAAUGACGUUUCUCUUGAAACCACAACUUCUGAAAAUGAUGAAACUGAAGAAGGAGAAGAAGAUGAGGAAGUUGCAGAAUCCAAAAAAUGGAAACGAGUGAGUUCUUUUCCGGUUAACAAUCCAAAGACAAACAAUAAUUAUUCCCUGUUCCUGCACUUUCAAUGUGUAUGUGAAAAAGGAAGACACCUACAUUUAUAAUGUAAAUUGUUUUUGUGAACCAGAUUGAGCAUCUGUCUAAGCCUAAGCUCAUCUCUCAGGUACAUGUAAUUAGAGACCAAACAAAACACUCAACAUAUUGUUGAGAAUUAUUCAUGUUAAUUGGUUUUCUUGCAGUUUGUUGAUGAUAUUCAAAAUGAAAGAAUCUCAGUUCGCGCUGAAGAUAAGAAGAUUAUUCUUACCAUCAAAUCGCUUUCGUUGGAAGAUGCUGGAUCAUAUCAAUGUUUGGUUUCAAAUGAAGCUGGAACAACCAACAGAACAUCUCUUGUUAAUAUCAUUCGUGAGUUUUGAGAAAAAAAUUCGAAAUUUCAAUAAAAUUCGGUUUUGUUAGAUCCACCAACUCUCCGUCACUACACUGGAUCUCAAAUUCGAUCAUAUGAAGGACACGAUGUCACUUUGUUCUGUGAUGUUUCUGCAGUUCCAGAACCAAAAUGGAAAUGGUUGAAAGACGGAAGUGAGGUAUAUGCUGAUGGUGCCAAUAUUAUCAUUGACUCUCACGAGACAUCCACAAAACUCACCCUUAAGCACGGAAAAGACAGCGAAAAUUACGGAAAAUAUACUUGUCAUGCUGAUAACAGUGUCGGUGUUCUUGAAAAGGAAAUUAACGUUGUUCACGUCGGUGAGUUCGUUCUCAAGUUUGAGCCCUAGAAAAUCUAAUAUAUCAAUUUUUUUAAAUUUGAUUUUUCUAGUUGCGCCACCAACACCAUCUGCGAUGGAAUGCAAAAAGUUCAUAUAUCCAAAUUAUGCCAAAUGUACUUUUGAAGAAGGAAUUUAUUCUGAUGAGGGAACAAAACCAUUGAAGAUGGAAUUCUUGAUUGCAAAGAUGGAAGAAAUGGGUUCUGAUUUUAAUUGGGAUGAUGCUCUUGAAGUUGUUUCUGAUUUCGGUGAGAGUUAUUUUUUCAAAAUUCAAAAUUAGUUUCUAUGUGAUUAUUUUUGCGUAAGAUGUCUUCAUCAUUGUUAUUUUGCAGAUAUUGAAACAAAGAUUUCAAAUCUGACACCAUCAACUCAGUACAUGAUCAAAGCCAGAGCUACAAAUGAAGCUGGAAGAAGCGAAUACACUCCAGAAGUUAGUCUUGAAACAACUGAUCCUUGGGCACCACAAUCUCCAACUUCGGUCAAAGUUGAAUGUGCUGAUACUUGUGUUGCUUCCUGGUCUGCUCCAAAUGACCACGGAAGUCCGCUCUUGAAAUACAAAAUCACAUUACAAGAAUUGGGAUUGAGACAGGAAACAUCAACAUCUAGACAAUCUGUAGAAACUGGUGAGAUUAAUGAACUCUCGGCUGAAACUGAAACUGAUAAUGAAACAAGUGAUGAGAAGGAUGGAGAAAUUCUUGAAAAAUCUGGAGAAAUCUUACCGACAUCAGAAACACAUGAAGAAAAAUCAAAUGAAAAUGAAAAUGAGGAAGAUGAAACAACAAAUGAAGAAUAUGAAAAGAGUGGAGAAAUUGAGCGAGUUCCAAUUGGAAACCCUAUUGUAAUUGAAGUUCCAGCUGAAGAAACAGAACUACAACUCACCAAAAUGAAACCACAUUCAUUCUACAAAAUCAGCAUCACAGCUUUCAAUGAAAUUGGAGAAGGAAGCCCUUCUGAAUUAGAACAUCAGACAUUUGAAACUCCUUUGAAAUAUGAAGAAGGAAUUGCAACAUCAAAUCUUGUUUUGGUUGCUGCUGCUAUUUUCUUCGUUGUUCUAUUGAUCAUUGAUUUCAUUUGUUUCCUCACAAAUCGAUGCGGUGUUAUUGCUUGUAUUUGUCUCAAUUAUUGCAACGGUAAAAAUAGUUCAAGAAAACAACGUGAUUUGGAAGCCGGAAAGUGAGUUUUCUUACCAACGUUCAACAUAAAAACCUUCAUAAACAUUUUUCAGCGGACCUGAAAAUAACCGUCUUCUUGAUUCAAACGGAACGAGGUAA